GGUCAAAGGGGGAGAAAGAGGGAAAAUUUCCCUCCAAGGAAGGGGGGAAGAUGAUGACGUGUACAACUGCCAAAAUAAAAGCAAAGGUUCCUCUUUUUUCGGCCAUUUUUUUCGCUUCACCUCUUCUCCUCUAACGCCGUUGAACUCAUCAAUCAAUCCAUUCACAACCAAAAUCUCUCUCACCAUUUCUCUCCCUAAAACACCAUUUUCGCUAUUUUUAUUUUUAAUUGAUACUUUUUUUUUACUAUCAUUCCCAGAUCAAGGUUUGUUUCUCGAUCGAAUUCAUGCUUCUCUGAUCUGAGAUCAGUUAGAUACGACUGCGUUUUCCUCCUCGAAUUUGAUCAUCGGACAUUCUCUUUUUGUUUCCUGGGUUUAUAGUGCCGCACGUCAAUGGCGUGAACCGCGGUCAUGGCUAACAAAAACGCAGAAUCAUCUUCACAGCCUCCUCCUCAUGUGCAGCCAAACCAACAACAGCAGCAGCAGCCACCGAUUGCCAAUGAACAAGAGCAGGAGCCUCAUGGUGACACCUGCAGUAUUCCUCCUGCGCAGUCUGGAAACACAGACUCGCGUUCCCGUGGUGGCAACACGGUUUUCAAGAGUGGACCGCUAUCUAUAUCUUCAAAAGGGAUUGGCUGGACAUCAUGGAAGAAAAGAUGGUUUAUUUUGACGCGUACUUCACUAGUUUUCUUUCGAAGUGACCCGAGUGCAGUCCAACAGAAGGGCAGUGAGGUCAAUCUGACCCUUGGGGGAAUUGAUCUCAACAAUUCAGGCAGUGUGGUUGUUAAGGCGGACAAGAAGCUGUUGACUGUUCUCUUUCCCGAUGGUCGUGAUGGACGGGCCUUUACACUUAAGGCUGACACUAUGGAGGAUCUACACGAGUGGAAAGCUGCUCUGGAAAACGCUCUGACACAAGCACCUAGUGCUUCCCAUGUUAUGGGUCAAAAUGGUAUUUUCAGGAAUGAUCAUGCAGAUCCUGCUGUUGGUGUUGAUGAAAAGAAAGAUGAGACACCAACAAAAUCAACUGUCCUUGGAAGACCAGUAUUACUUGCUCUAGAAGAUGUUGAUGGAGCUCCAUCUUUCUUGGAAAAGGCCCUUAGAUUUGUUGAAAAUCAUGGAGUCAGGAUAGAAGGAAUCUUGAGACAAGCUGCUGAUGUUGAUGAUGUUGAACACCGAAUUCGCGAAUAUGAGAAAGGAAAAAAUGAGUUCAGUCCCGAGGAGGAUGCUCAUAUUAUUGCUGAUUGCCUUAAGUAUUUUCUCAGAGAGUUGCCUUCCUCUCCAGUGCCUGCAUCUUGUUGCAACGCCCUUCUGGAAGCUUGCCGUACUGACCGUGGCAAUAGGGUAAAUGCUAUGCGGGCAGCAAUCUGUGAAUCAUUCCCUGAACCAAAUCGUCGCCUAUUGCAAAGAAUCCUGAUGAUGAUGCAAACUGUAGCCUCUAACAAAACUGUGAACCGGAUGAACACAAACGCCGUUGCAGCUUGUAUGGCACCUUUACUUCUUCGACCCCUUCUGGCUGGUGACUGUGAAAUUGAAAAUGAUUUUGAUGUCGGCGGUGAUGGUUCUAUGCAACUUCUGCAAGCAGCUGCUGCAGCGAACCAUGCUCAGGCUAUAGUGAUAACAUUAUUAGAAGAAUAUGAAAGUAUAUUUGGAGAAGGUUCCUUGUCACCCGGCCUGUACUCUGACUCAGAAGAGAGUGGUAGUGGGACAGAGGAGGGAUCUGAUGAUGAAGAGUAUGAUGAUGACGAUGAUGGCUCACAGGGAUCUGAGGACUACACGGAUGAGGAAGAGGACCUUGAAAAUGAAUCUAAUGGAUCCUACAGUGAGAGUGCCGCCUCAGAAGAUAAAUAUGCAGACAGCAUUGAUCCUGAUGAUCAUAAGAUAAAUGAUAAUUUAAGCACUGAAUCAAAAUCCCCAAAAAGAAGUAAGGAGCCUAAGAAGCUUUUAUCUGGCUCCAGACGAUCUUCACUACCCCGACAUGAUGACGGCAAAAAGGAUGAGGAUAUCGUGGUUAAGGGAGUUAAUAAUACAGAGGUAAAGGCUGUUGUAGAGGUCUCGACAAGUGAGGAUAAGAAUUCAUCAACGUCAGAUGUGGCAUCUGACACUCAGAAACCGUCUAAGUUAUCCGAUGCACCGGGAGGAAGUAAAAGGCACUGGGGCCGUACCCCUGGGAAGAAAAACUUGUCAAUGGAAUCUAUUGAUUUCUCAGUGGAAGUGGACGAGGACAAUGCUGACAUUGAGAGACUUGAGUCAACCAAAUUAGAGCUGCAAAGCAGAAUUACAGAAGAGGUAAAAAGCAAUGCAGUUCUACAGGCUAGUUUGGAGCGACGGAAGAAGGCUUUGUACGGGCGGCGCCAAGCACUAGAGCAAGAUGUGGGAAGACUACAAGAACAGUUGCAGCAAGAGAGAGACAGGAAAUUAGCUCUGGAAACAGGACUGAACAUGUCAAAAGGGAAUCAACCUAUUCCAGAAACAAUCGAUGAAAAUUUGAAGAAAGAUCUGCAAGAGGUAGCUCAAGCGGAGGCUGAUAUUGCCAAGUUGGAACAUAAGGUUGAUGAUCUUGAAAAUAGGCUUGGUCACCAUGACGGAAAAGCCUCUGGUUCUACGCAUAGUGCCAGCAAAGAAUCUCGGAAAUUGCCAGAGCACAAUGCGAAGAUGAAGGAGAAACAAAAAGAUACUGAAGCAGCCUCUACUCACAUUUCUGAAAGAUCAACGUCCAAGGAUGGGCAAGGGGCUGCAAGAGAAAAUGAGACAGAGAAGCAACAGGAUUCACGGAGCAAAAGCUCGCAACAAGAAACAUCACGUGGCAGCUCAAAACUGGUGGGCUUGUCAAAGAGGUCUGGCACAAAGGGAGAGGGAAGCACAACAACAACUUCUGCACUUUCCAAAUUGACAAUGAGACUCAACUUCCUCAAGGAGAGACGUAGUCAGAUCGCGAACGAGCUCCAAAACAUGGACAAAGGAAAAACCCUAGGGCAACCCAGUCCAACCUCGGGACAAAACCGUGUAUCAGAGGAAACUGAAAAAGGAUCAGGGUCGAACCAGGAUCCAGACAGCAGCAAACUACAGAGCCCUCACAUUCUUGACAGAGGAAGAUCCGAGAACGGAGGAGACAGAGGCAGAGGAUCAUCUGGAGGAAACCAUCCCAACACUACACCAAGGACCUUCUCCAGAUGA